AUGGUUCUAUCGAAUAAGAAGCUUAAACAGAAGCUUAGAGCUGAAUUAACCCUUAACCAAAUCACCACCGAAUCGAAUCCCUCCUCUUCAUCUUCCAACUCUUUCAAACUUCUUCUAAACUCUUCCACCAACAAACCCGUUUUGUCUAAGAGAGAGAAACUCCGAAAGAUUCGACCUUUGCAACAAACCCAAGCCAAUGAAGAUGAAGGAGCCAAAAACGAUAAGGAAAUUGGGAUUGAGGGUUUGGGAAAGAAGAACAAUAAGAAGAGGAAGAUAAAGGCAGUGAAACAGAAUGAUGGUGAUGAUGUGGGUGAUGAGGUUGUUGUUAAGAAGGGGAAAGUAAAGGUAGAGACACAGAAUGGUGAUGUGGGUGAUGAGGUUGUUGUUAAGGUGACGAAGCAGUCGGUGAAAAAGGAGAAGCAGAAGAAGAAGAAUCUGUUGAAGAAGAAGAGAAAGAAGGCUAAAGCUGCAGAGGAAAAUGGCAAGGUCAAAACUGGUGAGGAAAAUGGUGAGGUCACAGCUGCUGAGGGAAGUGGUUCUAAUCAUCAAGAGGAAAUGUCAGAGCUCACCACAGAGUUGGCUAAUACCAAUAUCACUACCCGUCAAGAAAACAGUGGUGCUGCUACAAAAGUUUAUGUUGGAGGAAUUCCCUACUAUUCAAGUGAGGAUGACAUUCAUAGUUAUUUUGAAAGCUGUGGCACCAUCACUGAAAUUAAUUGCAUGACUUUUCCUGACACUGGCAAGUUCAGAGGGAUUGCAAUAAUCGAUUUUAAGACUGAAGCAGCGGCCAAACGAGCAUUGGCUCUUGAUGGAUCUGACAUGGGAGGACUCUUUCUUAAAAUCCAACCGUAUAAAGCAGCUCAAACAACCCGAUUUACUCCAGAACUGAAAGAGGGAUAUAAUAGAAUAUACGCUGGAAGUUUAUCAUGGGAAAUAACAGAGGAAGAACUGAGAAAAUUCUUCUCAAAUUGCAAUAUAAAGUCCAUACGAUUAGGGAAGGACAAGGAAACAGGAGAAUUCAGAGGGUAUGCUCAUGUGGAUUUCAAUGAUAGUAAGUCACUGAAGACAGCACUUGCAUUGGAUCAAAGUGUGUUGUUUGGAAGGCCUGUCCGGAUAAGUUGUGCAGUUCCUUUGAAUAAAAAACCAGGUGCCGGUGAAAAAUCAGUCGCAGGCUCGAAACCAAGUGCAGUUGAAAAAUCAGUUGCAAGUUAUAAACCAGGCGUGGGUGAAAAAUCAGUCGCGGGUGAAAAAUCAGUCGCAGGUUCUAAACCAGGUGCGAGUGAAAAAUCAGUUGCAGGUUCUAAACCAGGUGCGGGUGAAAAAUCAUUUGCAGGGUAUAAACCAAGUGCAGGAGAGAAGUCAGUUGUAGGCGAAAAAUCAGUUGCAGUUGAGGAACCAAUUGUUGAGAAACCAAUCACCGUCGUUGCAAGUGGCAAGAGGAAGAAUAGGAUGUGCUACGGGUGUCGUCAAAAAGGACAUAAUCUCUCAGAAUGUCCAAACCCGCAAAUUGUCACUUCUACUACAAUCUAA